AUGACCAGAAUCGUUUAUGCGAUAGGGGUAUCGUGUACGGAAGCCACGGUGGCAGUCCUCGCUCCAUACGUCGCCGCGGACGAUAAAACCUCCGUCGCUCUCCUCUUGGCGACCGCCAUUGUCAGAUUACGGGUGCCUCUCCCUCAUGCCUAUCCCUCAUGCCUAUCCCUCAUGCCUCUCCCUCAUGCCUCUCCCUCAUGCCUAUCCCGAGUGCCUCUCCCUCAUGCCUCUCCCUCAUGCCUAUCCCGAGUGCCUCUCCCUCAUGCCUAUCCCUCAUGCCUAUCCAUCAUGCCUCUCCCUCAUGCCUCUCCCUCAUGCCUCUCCCUCAUGCCUCUCCCUCAUGCCACUCCCUCAUGCCUAUCCCGAGUGCCUCUCACUCGCGCCUCUCUCUCCGGCCUCUCCCUCCGUGUGCACCAGGCGAUCACCAUCGUUCAAGUCGCGGGGUUCGGGGGAGCGGCAGACGCGCUGGGGGGGGCGUCGUAUAACCCGCUCACCAACCUCAUCAACUACCUCGCUGACGAGGACGACGAGACGGCGCUCGGCUUGCUGCUGCGCCUCCCCGCUCAGGCAGGUGGCAUGGUGAUAGGUGCCAUGCUGACGUGGAAGUUCAUUCCGGAGUCUCUCAAGCACACAGUCAACGGGCCCGCGCUGCCACCUGGCGUCUCGGUAUUGGCCGGCGCGACAGCGGAGUUUACGCUCACGUUUCUGCUGUUCCUGGUGGUGAUGUGGACGCUGUUCCUGGGACCCAGCAGCGACCGCUUAAAGGAAGUCAUCAUGGUCUCAGCCACAAUAGUCGCCAUUGCUGCUGGCAUGGGCUUCUCUGGCCCUUCCCUGAACCCCCUCUUUGCGUUCGGGUGGGUGUACACAUUGGAUCAGGAGAUGUCGGUGCAGCACUUCAUAGUCUACUGGGCUGCUCCCACCGCCGGUGCCGUGCUCGCAGCAGCCUUCUACCGAAUCUACCUGAAACCACACAAGGUGGCUCUUGAGGCGAAACGGCGGAAGGAGAGAGAAGGGAAGGAAGGGAAGGAAGGGAGGGAAGGGAAGGCUGGGGAGAGCGGGAAGGGGGAGGAGGAAGCAAUGAGGGCCAGCAGAGAAACAAAGGGGGUUGCGGCGGAGAGAGAGGGUGAGGGGUUGCGAAAACGGGUGGGUGUGGGAGCACGUGAAGAGGAGGAAGAGGGUAGGGCUGAGGUGAAUAAUGGUGGUGGUGAAGGGAGAAACAAAGCAUAG